CGUUGCUGCCGCGCGUAUUCACGGUCGAGGAGUCAAAGACGCGCGGUGUUCACUCCUGGGCCGCCGUUGCGUUCGUCACCUUUGGCGUGCCUCCCACGGGGGAGAGAGUCCGGACAGCUGCGCAGCGAGAGUCGGCUGUACUACCUGUACACGGUCGCCACUCAAGGACAACCGACUGGUCCCAAGGUGCGUCACUGCGCUUCCCCGGUGCCUGCGGCAGACUGCCACUCAUCGGCGACCAGUGAUCGCACAACUCUCGUGGUUGACUCGCGGUUGUGAUCUCGUGAACCCCGGUCUCAAGGUCAAACCCGAGCAUCGUCGACGUGUGCUCGCAGCCAAGGCCGCCUCGUGGCGCCUCCCCAGCUUAGAUCGCGGUGCAGCAGCCGGUUCUCGUGUGCGCACCUGUUGCCGUCGGCAUGUACAAGAAGGAGCGGCCGAAGCUUUCUGUAACUGCUCUGUUGUACGGCUCUGCGGGGCCUGCGGCCUCGUGGCCGACGCGACCGCUGCAGCCCCCUGAUGUGUCUCCCCCGGGCAUUCGCGCAGCGCCGGGCUUGAACGGCGGGCCCUCCAACGGAGUCUCGAGCAGCCUUCCGCCGCAGCCGUCUUUCCUGCUGAGCGGCUACGGCGCACCCUCGGCUAGUCGAUCACCGUUGGACGGUCGUCAGCUGAACAACGGGCCGCCGGCCGCUCCGCAGCAGCAGCAAGCAGCCACGCGUUAUCCUCCCAACCACCCGCUGAGCGGCUCCAAGCAUCUCUGCUCCAUUUGUGGAGAUCGGGCCUCGGGAAAGCACUAUGGCGUGUACAGCUGUGAGGGGUGCAAGGGCUUUUUCAAGCGCACGGUGCGGAAAGACCUGACAUAUGCUUGCCGAGAGGAGCGCAAUUGUGUCAUCGACAAGCGGCAGCGCAACCGGUGUCAGUACUGUCGCUACCAGAAGUGCCUCUCCUGUGGCAUGAAGCGGGAAGCAGUGCAAGAGGAACGACAGCGCACAAAGGACCGUGCCGACAGUGAAGUGGAGAGCACGAGUGGCGGCGCACCCCCCGAGAUGCCCUUGGAACGUAUACUGGAGGCGGAGCUGAGAGUUGAGCCACACACUGGCACUCUCUCCGAGAAUGCCCAACAGCAGGACCCUGUGAGCAGCAUUUGCCAAGCAGCCGACCGACAGCUGCAUCAGUUGGUCCAGUGGGCCAAGCACAUUCCACAUUUUGAGGAGCUUCCCAUCGAGGACCGCAUGGUGCUGCUUAAGGCCGGUUGGAAUGAGCUGCUCAUUGCUGCCUUUUCACACCGCUCCAUAGAUGUGCGUGACGGCAUUGUGCUGGCAACAGGCCUUGUGGUACAGCGGCAUAGUGCUCACAGUGCUGGCGUUGGUGCCAUCUUCGACCGGGUUCUUACUGAAUUGGUAGCCAAGAUGCGCGAGAUGAAGAUGGACCGCACCGAGCUUGGCUGUCUGCGUGCUGUGGUCCUUUUCAAUCCUGAGGCGAAGGGUCUACGCAGCACUACCCAAGUGGAGGCUCUAAGGGAGAAGGUAUACGCUGCCCUGGAAGACCACUGUCGACAACAGUACCCCGACCAACCAGGGCGCUUUGCCAAGCUGCUUUUGCGGCUUCCAGCCCUGCGCAGCAUCGGCCUGAAGUGCCUCGAGCACCUCUUUUUCUUCAAGCUCAUUGGAGACACUCCAAUCGACAAUUUCCUCAUAACUAUGCUGGAGACCCCAUCUGAUGCGUGAGGAACUGUGCUGCGUAGACUCGCUGAGAAAAGGGUACGCCCAUGCAACUUAUUUGUUUAAUGUUCGUCCAGUUACCUCAGGGCGAGAUCAGGGCUCUGGCUUCACAACCCUGUGUCUCAAGUGUGAGGGGAAAGAAGCUCUGUGAUGCCAUUUUCUUUUUUAGCAUGUUGACUAUUGGCCUGCAAAAAGAAAGCUCCCCAUCACUUCUCUGCAUAUUAGAGGUAACAGUAAUGUGAUAUGUUGUCUAAUGGGGCUUGUUUUAGGAAUGGAAGAUCUUUAAAAUGUAAAAAACAAAAAUUACAUACUUGUCAUAAAGCUGUCACUCUUUCAGAUCCACUUAUAAUGUAUAGGUUUUAACAUUCACAGGGUAUUAAUUUCAAAAAUAGUUUUCUUUGGGGGGGGGGGGGCAUAUUCUUAGUUGGCAUGUUGCUAAACAUACUUUUAUAAGAGUAGUUUGAGCAUGUUGGUAGUAGUGAUACAUUUAAAUCAAGUAGUACAGGAUUAGGGACAGGAGAAUAAGAGUACGCACUAAAAGUGUUUGCUUACAGCUGUUCUUAUUCUUUUGAUGUGAUUUUAUACAGAACCGAUGUGCAAGCUUGACUCUUUUGUGGACAGUGCAGUUGAGCGUUUAAAACGUGCACUGUUAGUCAGGCCUUGCUACAUUUUUAGUUUUAUUAAUCAUCAGCAAUAGUUGUAUGCACUUCACCCUUACGAUGGCCGAUUUAUUCAUGGGUCUGUGCUACAUGUCAGAAAAUGUGGCAUUGUUUUUGGAUCUUGUUUCACUGCUCUCUCAUGCUAUUUGUUUUGUUUUUGUUUUUUUAAUUCAACCAGAACAUUGUGCAUCACAAGUCAGCACAAACGUCAUUGUUUUCCAUUGUUGAGAACUUUCAAAGGUUACCAUUUCCAUAGGUUCUUUUUUUUCUUAGUGCAGAUUGCAAAAAACAUUGUUAGCACCCUUUUUUCUUGCGCAUGCUGUUAGUGUAUGUUUGGCACAGUGUUGGUUGUGCAGGCAUUUGUGCAAAUAAUUGCCUUGGAAAGCACUGCAGCAAAAGUGGUAAAUAGUAGUGAACCUCUCUACACACUCAGUGCAGUGCCUGAAAGUGUCAACCAUUUGACAAAUCUGGGUAAUACCUUGCAAUGCCGUUGAAGCAGAAAAGGUAGCAAGCCUGAGUGGCCAUUAUGUGUGUGUGUGCUUUUUCUCUCUCACCUAAAGGUCUGGGUUAUUUUGGGCUAACUUACCCAAGUGAUUACCAGAGGCAAAUGUCUCUUUUACACAGACAUUGUAUUUAGGCAAUCUCACAUAAUCCUUCAAUGACAAAAAGUGCUGCUCGCAAUAGAUGCAGCGAAAUUAUCUAUAUACUAAGUCCAGCAGACAGACAUUAUUUACGUACACACAAAAACAAGAAUAGCUUUUCGAAACAUUCUCAAUAAUUAUAAUUUAUGGGGUCUUUGAGUGCCAAAGCCACGAUAUGAUUAUGAGGCACACUGUAGUAGAGGGUUGCACAAAUUUCGACCACCUGGGGUUCUAUAACACGCACCUAAGUUUAAUACGCAGGCCUCUAGCACUUCGCCUCCAUCGAAAUGCGACUGCCGCAGCCAGUAUCAGACCCAUUUCCUUCGGGUCAGCCGAGCACCAUAACCACCGUACCACCACGGUAACUUGGAAACAUUCUUGGUGGUCUCGUAUUUACCCUGUUCUACCUACAGUCUGUAGAUUCUAACUUUUUCUUUUGAAUGCAACAAACAUAAUAAAAUUUUAUUAUGUGGUUGCCAAGAAAUAUUUCUUUUGUCCCAUGUAUAUAUAAGAGCUCCCUAGCCAAAGCUUCUUUAAUCCAAGACUUGUAGCAGCAAUGCACUCAUCAGAAAAUACUUAAGAAUUUUCAAACAACUGCUUGUUUUUGGCACACAUCCGCGUUUAAUUUCUGGUCGGGCAUUUCUGGUUGCUAUGAUGCACAUCUGUCACCUCCAAUGCACAAGCAUUGACUAUGAGAUUUUCACAUGAAAAACGGAAGCAAGGACAUUUAUGUUCAAAGUGCUCGCACUGCUCUUGGCGAUCCUUGAGGCCACAAGGCCACCUGUUGACUCCUUUUUGGGUAACCAGGUGGCAGGACGCACAGCCCACUCUGUAAUACAAGUCCCUUACGUAAUGAAAACCAGCAGUUUUCAAUCGACGGUUCUAAUGAAAACUGCUGGUUUUCAUUACCGUUGUGUCAAACAAACAAACGAGCCCUCAAAAUUCUCUUCCUUGAGUCCCUUGUGUAGGCUUUCUAGCCGCUGGUGUUGUGCACACAGUUUUUUUUUUUUUUGUUGCUGUUGUUGUUGUUCCUCGGGCACGCAUUUCAAAGAGAUCAGUCGGAGCGGUGAGUGGUCUAUUGAAAGUGGUGGGUGGUAAAGCAGAGUGCUGGGUGGCAUUUCCACUGCCGCCCACUGUGUAGAGAACCCUGGCCGAUACUAACAUUGGCUGGCUAGUGCCUACACUGCACUUGCCAGCCUAUGACCUCCUCCAAGGUGCUUCUGCCUAAAGUGAUGCUCUGGUGCACGAUAUAAAAUUUGUGUUUGUAAACAGUCGGCAUGUAAUAAUUUAAGCCAUUUGACCAUAAGCACAUGCAGCAGUUUCAAUUGUCUGCUUGAGUUUUUCUUUGCGACAGCAGUAAAGCUUCAUUAUAUUUAAAUUGCACAUCAUAGAUUGUUACAGAGAGGCUAAAAAGACAUGGUGUUCUAUCGGCUUAAGGUUACCAACUGUUUAAUACAUUUGAAAUAGAAAAUUUUGUUCUGUUGAAGACUGUCGCUAUGAGGAUUAACUAUGUUAUCAUGAGCAUUUUGAGCUUUCUGUGUCCAUGCUAUAGUCGUAUAAAACUUGAGAAGUCGGGAGAGGCCCCACCCAAGCAAUUGAAGCACGGCAUCUGAUUGCCUCUGUGACUAAAGAAAUAGUCCUCUGCAUGUGCUCGGCAAUGUUCCCCAAAGGCCUUCGGAGAACAUUGCCAAGUGCAUGCUGUUGUAUCCGACUAUAGGAUCACUGGCCGUCUGGCUCAUGGUGUCAGUCAGGAAUGUGCGCCCAUUGGUUCAGGCUUGUGUGCAUCUGCAUUUGUGGAGGAAAUCCCGCAGUUGUGACAUUGCUAACACUAUCACCGCCCUUUACUUCCCAGCUGCCAGUGCUACAUCUUUUUGCACAAAAUGCAUUACAUGUGCAGAAAUUUCAUCACAUGGAUGUGAAAUUUUCUCUUUCUUGUGGCUUAAGCAAGUUUUACAAGCAAGAAGCACCAGUGCUGCACUACAUAACAAAACUAUUCAAAUAUGAGUGUACACAGCUGCACAGAGCUGAAAAAAUGUUUUACCAUCCGAUAUUGUGUCACUAUAAUGGUUCUUUAGGACAGCUGGCAGCUGGGAUUUGGAGUGAAAUAUAAGAAAUGCGCUUCAAAGGGUAGGCCUUUAAAAACAUGUCUCCCUUUUUGAUAAGCAAGCACAUCCUAAUGAAAUUUUGGCUGACACUGAUCUUGUGUUAUAGAGAUUUUAUUUAUUAAAAAAUAAAUGCAAAGGCAUUUAAGUUGAAAUGAGGCAUUCAGCGAACUUACUUAAACAUAAAUCAGCCUUUACUCUCUUUUUUUUUUAUGACAUCAGUUGCCCUUAUUUUAUAGGUGUGUGUUAUGUUAUACAAACCUAGCUUUUAUUGGGGCAGACUGUGACAAAUUUUUGUCAAGCAUGCUGGUUCUCUUUUCUCAUGGCCAUCCCAGGUUGACUGGAUGCAGGUAAAUAAGUACUGCAGUUGCUUGAUGGAACUGUUUACCAUAACUUAUGAAUGAUAUGGGUGUUGGGAAUCUCAGUAAUAUCGCUUGCCCUCCUUAAAUAGAUCCUUCUGGUAAUUGUAAAGCUAUGUUUUCUGCAAUACAGUUUGCCCCACAAGCACAAUUUGCUCGUAUACUCUUGCAUGGAAGAUGUCUCUUGUGAUUGAACCGUGCGCAAGAGAGGAACCCCAGCAUGUGCAGCAAGCAGUUCUAUUUUUAUUCAAACGAUGACCAGUGGUGCCAUUGCCGUAUUUACUCGAACCUAGGCCGGCCCCGAUUCUAAGGCGACCCCCGAAAUUCGCAAGGCCAGAAAAAAAAAAACUUAAUCAUUGUACUCGAAUCUAAGCCGACCCCCCCCCCCCUCCCAUUUUCGCACAUCGUCUUUUCGAAAAAACAUCGGCUUAGAUUCGAGUAAAUACGGUAGUUAGGCAAAUGUGUGUUGCUGAGAAGCACACAUGCUAAUUACGAAAGGACUGUUUACAUGCUGAAUGUGAGUGCGCAAGGUUUGAUUCACAGUAGUCGGCUGACACUCUCCACAAAAAUAAUAACUGGCCUCCCCCCCCCCCUUUUUUUUUCACUCAGUACAAUGCAGAGGAAGAAACUACAUGUGUGUUUAUGGCAUACUAGGCAUUACUUUAUUUGCUGUCUUACUUUGAUCAAAUAGAUCUAAGAAGAAGCAAUGGCACUUUAUCAAUUGGUCAAGUUUGGUGGCUGUGCACUUUCCAUAUGUGCAGUUUUCUCUCUUUGUAUAAUUAAAAAUUGUGCAAAGGCCAUACAUGUUUUCAAAACUAGCUAUCGUUAUGAAAAAUCUGCAAAAUAGGAACGCUGUAUAUUGGGGCGUCAUUCGCAAUGGCUUUUGUUAUUGAUGCAGCAAAAAUUGUCCUGGUUUUAUGCUAUCAUAACUUCAGUGCGUUAAAUCUAUGACUCGCUGCCUUUUAGUAGCUCCAGAGGUCAUAUUCUGUAUGAACAGAAUUUCACCCUUUGAACAUGUCAGUUAUUUUUUCUUUUAUGUUAAUAACAGCAAAAAAAAAUGGAACAUACAAGAAGAAGCUUACAAGACAAGCGCUCGUCCUUUAAGCUUCUUUUCCUUUGUCACUUUUUUUUUUUGCUGGUAUUAUGAUUGUGUACCAACUCAAUGUUCUACAGUUCAUUUUUUUUUAUGUAUAUGUUAUUCAUGGUGGGUUAUGUCUCCCAUGGAAUUGCUAGUUACAUGUAGUGUAUAUGGCAGCUCUCAGUGCACUGCUUGCACUUACCGUGGUAGUGUUUGCUUCUGUACCUGGCUGUGAGAAAAGAAAGCACAUAAGUGUUGAAGGGGUCCUGAACCACUUUUCCAAGUAAUCAUCGAAUGACCUCAGUAUCGGAGUUUAUUGUCUCAUGAAUCAAUUACCAUAAAAAUAUUUCGAAUUCUUCACAAAUGAGCAGAGUUACAAACAUUUGUUGCGUGCCUUUAGUGCUUUCUCUCUUCUUUUGUCCCAACAAGUGCAAUAGAAGCUAGACAGAGGGGGAUGACAAAGGAGCAAGAACCUACAUCAGCGCAUGUCAUGAACUUGAACAUGCGUAAUGAAACACGUUCACUCACUCCCUGUGUGAUUCCAGUGUGCACUAGUGUCGCUAUUUUGUAAUUUAGCACACUAUAGAAUGUGGUGCCAGCAUCUAGUGGCACCCCAUGGCAAGAAGCUCAUCUGAUCCAAACACCGCUCUUGAUUUAUGUCAGCUAUCGGCCAAUAGCAGCAGUCUGCUAACCGACAAAGUAUAGCAGACUCCGGCAGCUUCGAAGAGAGUUAGGACAGGCCUCUGUACAAAGAGAGGCCGCUUGAGAAAAUGGCAACUUAGUGCUCCGCUUGUAAACUUUGUGCUGCAGACAACUAAAAAAUUUGGCUGAGUUGUUUAUAGUAGUGUUUGCUGUUCGUAGAAGCUCAAGGGAUGGUUCAGGACCCCUUAAAAGGGGCAUUUACACUUUAGCGUGUGUCAUGUUCGCCAGCCUUCAUGAAGCAACUCUCCUAUAGGCACAACUGUCUCUGCACAAUGUUUGUUUUAGUUAUGUAUGUUAACCGGUGAAGUAGACAUGUUAAGGCACAAUAGUUGGUGUAUUUUUAAUAGUAGUAUUUUUGUUUUUUGUUGUUGCUUGUAUAGCAUUUACUACCGGUGUAACAGUCAGAAGUGAGUGGAAAAUAGUUCUAUGUGAAUCCUGCACUGCUACAUUAUUCUGCAUUGUAGAGCAGUGACUUUUGUUGGUGGAUUUCCAGUGCACGCAUGACAGUCAAGUACGGGCAGCUUCAGAUGAUUCGUCACAGCUGGAACUGUCUUGUAGACAAUGUACUGUGUUGUUAAAAUGCAAGGAUGUAGCCAGCUGAAAUUGCUCUUAUUUCACUGGCUCUUGCUUGUGUUUCUGUGUUGUUAUUCAUAUGAAUUUCUGGAACUGUGAUCUGCAGGCAUCAUUGACAGUAAUGUAGAGAUAUAUCAGUGUGCAAGACUGCUCUUGUAGAUGCAAGUACCUCUGUGCAACUAUAAAGUGUGGUGGUGUAGAAAAGUUGUAGUUUUUGAGCACCUACUACUUGCUUCUCAUCUGUCAGGGCUAAUUUCUACAUUAUGUCCCUCUAGACCAGGGGUCGGCAACCUUUUGAGGUGGAGGGCCGAGUUGCAUGAAGCCGACACUGCGGGCGCCGCAUGGCAAAGUGAGGGGGGGGGGGGGCGGGGCAGUGCUACACAGUCAAAGAGAAAUAAUUCAGUGAAUUGACAAAAAUGAAAGGCUACUGGAAUAAAAAUAUAGAAAUCAUGUGUAUUUUCAGCCCGCAUGUCACAAAGUUCCAAUUUACAACCACAAGUUACAGGCGUUAACCCCAAUGGAGGUCGAAACUGCUAUGUUGGCCUUCAGAUAAGAAAUGACAAAGGGAGGGGGAGGGGUUCUGGCGUCGUGCCAGAGGCCGCAUAAUACCGUCCCGUGGGCCGCAGGUUGCUGACCCAUGCUCUAGACGAUGUGGUCUGGGCAAUUUAUUUGUAAAGGUAUAGCUAUGUGUGGUAAGUUGGAUAUAUGCAUUGCUUGAAGCAGAGAAUCUCAUUGCUUGUCUUGUGGAGUUCGGCUGAUGCUUUCCUUCCAUAUGUGGCAUGCAUUACUGUGUGUAAGGACGCUUCUUCACUGAUGGUAACAUUCAUUUUAUACAGCCCUUUGACACGUCAGUGUGUGAACAUUUCCUUUUAUUCAUAAACCAGUGAUUCUCAUCUUAUACAUAGACCAUGUCAUUCAUGUGGUGCACAGCACUUGAGUGCUGUCAGCUUUUAUUCUUGCCACAACUAAACUUUACAUACUUGCUCUCAGAGACCCAAGGCGGCAAACUGAACUAACAUAACUCCCUCCCCUGCGUGCCACAACCCCCCAGUGCACCACGUUGCUGUUGCUUCACUUAUUUACCACCCCUCCCCCCUUCUUUCAAAAGUGUUUUGCUUCUCUCUGGCAUGCUGCUGCUUGAUUUUCUUUCUCUCUGUCACUGUUAUACUUUUUAGAUUUUUGUCGCUCUCCUUGAGUCCAAAGAGCACGGAAAAGCACAAAAUUGCACAACUACCACAACAUAUUGGCUUCUUUCAUGUGUAACCAACCCCUUCUUACUUUAGGCAAGCUUCUGCUGAUACUUCCCUCUAAGCGCUACUAACCAAGUGAACUCCACAACAGAAAAAGGCAGAGUAGGUGGCAAAGAGAGCUGCACUUCAAAAAAAAAAAGAAGAUUCAGUGAGAGAUCUUUGUUGGUAUGCUUAAUUCUAUGUCUAUGGUUAAUAAGAUAAUACAUUCUUUGCUGAAAACAGAUACAAGGGAGUAGAAUUUUCAUUAGCUACUAUCUGGGAAAUAUGUAGGCCCAGUGGCCUACUUACUGAGAGCAAUAAAAGUCCUUCACUUGUGUGCACAAGAUCUGUCAGUGUGAAAAAUAUACUUGCCUCCUGGUAAGCCUAUGCCAUGCAACAUUUAAAUAAUGACUGCAAGAUGGUAAUGUUAUCAUGCAAAGUUUCAACCUGAACACUACUGACCAGGCAAAAUUCUUUUUUUUUUUAUAUAUAAAAAGAGUGGAAUAUACUGCAUGCAGAUUUUAAUGUGAAUAGCAUUGUUCUUUGAAAAAGACAGAGUUCCCAGUUUGUUUUUUUACAUGGUGUUGCUGCUCAAAGCUCGGCUCCCGAGCUCAAAUGUGCUGGCUACUGGGCAGCACUCAUCAACCAUGAUAGCUAGUUUGUGGUCCCAGUGGUGCGACUUAUCACCUGUUUGUCUUGCUUGUUGUUCAUGAUGUUUCUUUGUUGCUCUGCGUAUAUGUGUGCUUUUAUUUUUCACACUCAUGUACUUCACGAAGAAUUCAUGGUUUACACCAGCAUGGAGUCGUUGUGGUUGUCACCUUUUCACAUAAGCAUCUUGUAGAUAGAACUGUUAUGUUGUGUGGGUGCUCUAUUGAGGCCCUGUCUUGGAGCUUUCCACUUGUUAAUUAUGUGGUAUCAACACCCCAUGCUUUUCUGUUAUUUUCUGUCAUAGUAGAUUUUACAGUAAUAUUCUUGUUCGACACUGCCCUGUAGAAGUCCAUCUGAUUGUGCCAGCACUCAUGCACAGAAGAGCAUUAAUGUGGUGCUCAGCGGCAGCCGAGUCUGGCUCAAGUGAUAAGUUAGCCAAG